AUGAAGACCACACUCGCCCUGAUUCUUUGCACGGCUGCAUCUUUUGUGACGGCCGGCAUUGUCAUCACGCCUAUAAAAGACAACCAGAUUGUUGCCAAGACCUCGGGGGAUUGUUUCUUUGGUGUUGUUACGCCUCAGGGAUUCCGAAACGAAACUAGACCGGUUGCCUUGAUGGAUUGGGAGCUUAGGAAGAGAGGGAAGAAUUAA